ACAAAUUAGUGAGUUACUUAGAAUCAAAAGUAACUGUUGAGGCAUAGUUAGUGUGGUUAUGAAGUGACCAAUAUACAUAUCUACUGACCACGCCAUUUUUAAGAACAUUCAUAGUUUUUUUGAAAAGUCUUGUUUUUAUAAGGAUCACUGAUAUCUUUUUGAGAUUUAUACAGUGUCAAGCAACCAAUAAUCGGGGAACACUCCAGAAUGCCUGCUUUUUGUCUGUCAGGGAAAAAGAUACAGAUUUCUACUUCUUUUCUUAUGUGUGGCACGUGCUACACGCAGUGUAAAUAAUUUGCAUGAAAUUUUCUGCCUUUUAUAUGUCGAACAUUAUCAUCCUUGGUUAUAUACCCAAGCUGACUGACUGACUGAUAUACCCAAGCGAAAACGGAAAAAAACAUAUUGUGAAGGAAACAGUAAUGGUAAAUUCCAUUUUGUUGAUAAAAAAUUACGAAAAAGUUUGAAACGCAGUAUUUCAUUCUUCCGUUCACCGUGUCUACUUUAUCUCAAGUAUACAAAUUUAAGAAAAUAGAUGAAAUCUGUUUAAGGACUACCAGUUUAUAAGUUAGUUUGAGAAUUUAAACAUUCUAGUUAUGUAGUAUGCAUUUUUUGCAAUAAAAGUUGAUAAAAGAAAACCAACGAAAUCAAUAGAAAGACGAUAAAAAUUAGGAAGUCCUCAUUUAUAUUUCUGGCACAUGAAUUUCCUUAAAAAGAAGGUUCUUGUGAUACGAAUUGUGUCGGUUCAUGGGAGAGCGUCUUAAUAUGCAGCAUCAAGAUGCCCAAACGUGUUACUCAUUUUUGCAACCUUAUGUCACGAUAAUUUUCUACUGAAUUAAAUCGCACGUUUUUUUCCUACACUAUGUUUAACUGGUUGAGGAAGCGAAUUAUGUGAAGUUUAAUACAUCAGUUUGACAAUCCGAGAUAACAGUGAUGCAUUCGCGAAGAAUCGAUGCAUAUAUGGUCUCAUUAGCUUACUAUGGAACAUCGAGAUAUUACAACUUUGAACUAUAAAGCCUGCCAGUGGAAUAGUUAUCUGGCAAUUGAAAAGUACAGAAUCUUAGAUCAUCAGGUGUCUUCAUAUUACAUACAUAAAGCGUAUAAUGUAGACUUGAUUUAAUAGAGCAACACAAUUGUCUUAAUGAAUAUUUAAGUUUAACAAAAUAAAUAAAAAAUUUUCCGUUCGGUCGAUCGGGUAACUUCAGACGACUGUAGCGAAUACUUACGGUUGACAACUGCUUGUCGGACUGAUUGCUUCAUGUAGUGGGGAACCUAGCAUUAUGGGGACGCGGGAUUUGUUAUAUACAGUCCAGUCCAUCCAAGUGAAUCCCACAUAGAUUCCCAUUUUUACAUCAUCAACUAUCAGUGCCAACUUCAAGUUACAGAAUGACGUCAAAAUUAAAAACUGACUCAGAUAUUACAUCUUUUUUUACUGAAAUAUUGCUAAUUGACUGCUUAGCAAGCUUUGAUGUUGCUAUUUCAUUAAAUUUUAUUCCGAGGUUGAAAACUAUUUGCCGUUGUCCCAUUACAUUUUUAAAAUUUUAGUUAAUAGGCGUACUUUACAGGUCCAUUUUCUUUUUAACGUAUGUUGUAAGGGAAUAAUGCAAGAUCUAGGUAGAUGAAAAUUUAUUCUGCUCUCGGUACUGUAUCUAAAAUAGCUGGUCAAUACACUUAUUUUUUUACUUAAUGAUAAUACAGACAGUUCUCGUUAAAGUGUACCAUCGGCUUCAUAAUUCAUUUUCAUAUUGUUUGUUUGAAUCCUCCUUUUGAUGUUUAGGACUGAAGUUAAUCAGUCUCAUUGGUAUACGUGCAUUCAUUGCGGAUUGCAUCGAUAUCACUUCAAGUCACAAGCAUUAUGAUCAAAGAUUAAUGGUGGCUGGCAGUGGAAUUCAGGGUAUGCGUUUUGUCCUAUCUGGGACUAGGUGGAGGUGAUUCGCACAGGUGCCAACAAAGGACUGAUCAGUUACAGUCGUAAACAUCAAUGGGAAGUUUCAGACAAACAAUACAAAAUGGAUUCAUAUUAGGCCUGAUUAUUUAUUAUUUAUUAAAGUCCAAGCCUCAGUCCUUUUUAUUUAAUUUAAGUCUAUAAGUUAAUUCCAUUCUUCAGCUAAAAUUUUACAAAAGAAAAGCACCCAUCGCAUCAUGAAAACAAGCAUAUGGUUUAAGAAGACCAUGGAAACAAAUAAAUAAACCUGUUUGGAUCAAUAGUUGAACAAUUUGGUAGCACACAGAAUGAGUAUGAUAAUUACAUCAUUACCUGUAAAAUUCUGUAUAAAAUUUUACUAAACACUCAAAAAAUCUGUCCAAUAAACCUUUUAGAAGUCGUUCAUAUUUAGGACUUUUAAUGCAGGUAAACUACAACUGAUGUUUUCCACACGUCCAAUGAUCACGUCGAUGUUGAAAGUUAAAUUGCCUAGACUAGCCCCUUCUUUCUGUAUCUAUCAAUUCAACUGCUCGUCUGGGGCAAGUUAUUAUAGGCAGAUGUUCUAGGAAUUUGUAUAUUCGCGCUCCUGAGAACCUCCCAGUGUGGUUAAGCAAAGUUGUAGUCAAAACGGUUAACAGCUCCAUUUUAGCCCAUUUAGUUCAGACGGGGCAUAGAGCCAACAUGUAGCAAUCUUUCACAAUAAUAUAUCGUGUUAACAACAGUCUACCCAAUUCCAUCAGACUGAGAAUCCUGCAGAUGGCUGAGGUAAUUGCUAUUCGGAUCAAAAAGCCAGAGCUUUGCAUACUUUUACCCUGAUCAACUUGUUAAUAAUCAAUUUUGUAACAUGAUGACGUUAAUUUAAUUAAUGUUCAUUUUAUAUCCUAAACUUAUUUUAUCUACACAUCUUACCCGUCAUUAUUAUUAUUAUUGUCACACUUACUAAAUUUUAGAGAAAUUUAUUCAGCAUCCACCCCUAUCUACUAUAUCUGACCUAAUUAAUAUUAUUCUACAUAUUACGCAGUGUCUGAUUUGUAAUCCCAUUGUUCUAUUUCAUCCGAUGUCAACUAUACUUAUCUUGAUCAUUUAUCUUAUGAUUUUAUUUCACUUAUAAACUGAUUCAAGCUAAUACUUCAUAUUAGUCAGCUCCAACAUUAACGAUUCAAUUUUAUUUUAUAUUACAAACAUUCCUUGAUUCACAUGUUACAGCUUUUAAAUGAUGUACUCUGCCUUAAACUUGGCCAAUUUUUAUGGAUUAUUAAUUUGGAUUUAUACUUGUAGAACCUGAUGAGAAAUUCUUGAAAAGAAUAUUCUUCGUUCCUAUAAUCGUGUUUUAAUAUGAUGGGAAUUUUUCAGCGAUUAUAAUUUUAUGUAACUUUUAAGAAGAGAGGAUUAAUAUGUGAAGUCUAAAUUUUUAUGUUUCAAAGGUCAACAAAGAAGUUUCGGGAGGCUUUUACGUUCACCAUAAAACUUUUUUGAGUUUAUAUAUCAAACUCUAAUGUGCAACAAACAACUGAGAAUAGAACCUGUGUUUCUGCUGUCAUGUGGGUCUUUUAAUCCAAUUACUAUAAUGCACAUGCGAAUGAUGGAACUAGCGAGAGAUAAGAUUGAAAAUUUGCAUUUGUCUACAAAAGAAUCUCAUCAUGUUUUGUCUGGGGAGAAUAACCAGUGCACUCAAAAAGAAUAUAAUGAUGACCAUUUAGUAAAUCAUGACCAUCGGAGAGUCGUCGUUGGUGGUAUAUUCAGUCCUGUGUCCAAUCUGUAUGAAAAGAAAGGUCUCCUACCAGCCUCUAUACGCGUCGAGCUUACACGAUUAGCCUGUAUUUCUGCAUCUGAUUGGUUGGCCGUAAGCAAUUGGGAGUGUUCACAAUCAAGUUGGUUGAGAACUCGAGUGGUGUUAGAUCACAUUUAUAGUACCUUGAAUAAUACGUACUCGAAUUUGAGUAACAGUGACGAAACCGACAUUGACUCAGUUCCAAGGAAAAAGACUUGCUUCGCACCAGGCAGUUUUUACCCCACCGAUCGUUUAAUUAACGAAGACCAUGAACAAACGAAACUUUUAUCACUAGAAGGCAUGGCGACUGAUCUCUGGCUUAAGAGUUGCUUUCAUCAUCUUGACUCUCUUAUUAAUGUUAAUAACAUAAAAUGUAGUGAUGACCAAGUACAUAAUGCUAAUGAUGAUCAUUUCAACAGCAAUCUCUUCACUUCAUCAUCAUCUGUAGACAGAUCAUGUUACUGUCGCAAAAACAAUACCGCAAACGUUUUGCUAUCAAAGCCUUGUGUGAAGUUAGUUUGUGGUGCUGAUCUUCUGGAAUCAUUCAAAACUCCAAAUUUGUGGUCAGCAGAAGAUAUUGAAACAAUUGUUCGUGACUAUGGUAUAGUUUGUAUUAGUCGGCCUUCAUAUGAUCCCUUGAAAAUUAUCAAUGAAUCAAAUAUUUUGGGCAAAUAUAAGGUAAUUUAUUUUGCUUUGUUAUACAGAAUAUAAUUUGGGAACACUCGUAAAAACUGAGGAAAAAUUACCGUAAAUGCUUAUAUGUUUGAAUUGUUUUUCCCUAUCAUUAUAGUAAUAAUAUACAGAUGACAAAAUAAUGUAGGUUUAGAAUGAAUAAAGAAAGAAGUCAGAUAGAUAUUUAAUUGGUUUGCUUACAAAUCUCUUAUUUGGUUAGUGCCUGUAAUACCGUCAAG